AUGCUUCUAGAAAAGCUGAACACCUACUUCGUCCGCUUUGAGGAUAACACUGUGCCACCGCCGCAGCCCACUACCAAGGACUUCCACUCUGGGUCAGACGGAGGACCCUGCAGGAGGACAUACUGUGGGAGGGGCCGCCAGUGUGUGCUGCUGGAGGUGACGGGCCGGGCAGAGUGUGUGUGCCAGGAGAAGUGUCGGCCCACCUUUGUGCCGGUGUGCGGCUCCGACGGCAGGUUCUACGAGAACCACUGUGAGGUGUACCGCACCGCCUGCCUGCAGAAGAGACGGAUCUACGUGGUGCACAGCAAGGACUGCUUCUUCAAAGGGGACACGUGCACCAUGGCAGAGUACAACAAGCUGAAGAGUAUGCUGCUAGAUAUGCAGCCUAAAGGCCUAACCGGCGGGGACAGGAACACGUUGAGAGACAUGGACCAGAAGAGAGCCCUGGUGGACACCAUGUUUAAGUACCUGGACGUGGACCGGGACGGCCGUCUAGGAAGUGACGAGUUGGCACAGAUCUCUAUGAAGGAGCACCUGGAGGACAGUCUACUGGAGUGUACCAUGCAGGACCUGCUCCGCUACGAUGAUUACAACAACGACGGACACCUCACUCUGCACGAGUUCUACACUGCUUUUCAGGUUGUUCAGUUGAGCCUGGCUGAGGACCAGAGAAUGAGCAUCUCCACGGUAACGGUAGGCCUCAGCACCGUGCUGUCCUGUGCCAUCCAGGGGACGCUGCGGCCACCAAUCAUCUGGAAGAGGAAUGGGAUAAUACUCAACUUCCUGGACCUGGAGGAUAUCAAUGACUUUGGUGAYGACGGCUCCCUCUACAUCACCAAGGUGACAACCAUCCAUAUGGGGAACUACAGCUGUCAUGCGUAUGGAUAUGAAGAACUCUGCCAGACCCAUGUACUGCAGGUGAAUGUUCCCCCAGUGAUCCUGGUCUACCCAGAGACGCAGGCCCAGGAGCCUGGUGUGUCUGCCAGUCUGCACUGCCACGCCGACGGCAUCCCAGACCCUAAGAUUCUGUGGCUGAAGAACGGCAUGGACCUGCAGCCCAGACCCUCCAAACAGCUCUCCCUCAUCGCGAAUGGGAGYGAGCUCCACAUUGGCAGCGUACGCUAUGAGGACACAGGAGCCUACACCUGCAUUGCGAAGAACGAGGUGGGGGUGGACGAGGACAUAUCGUCUCUGUUUGUGGAGGACUCAGCUAGAAAGACACUUGCUAACAUACUGUGGCGGGAGGAAGGUUUGAGCGUGGGAAACAUGUUCUAUGUGUUCUCUGAUGAGGGCAUCACCGUGCUGCAGCCCAGCGAGUGUGAGAUACGUAAACACAUUGAACACACAGAGAGGAUCGUGGCCAGCUAUGAGGAAAUGUGCCCUAAAAGUGAAGGUGUGUCCCGUCAGCACUGUUCGUGGUCCUCAGCGGUCAGUGUGAGGGAUAAGUACAUCUACGUCACCCAACCCCUUCAAAAACGCCUGCUGGUCAUCGACACCCAGGCCCAGAAAGUGGUGCAGGCGGUAGAGACAGACCCUUUCCCGGUGAAGCUGCUCUAUGACAAGUCACAUGACCAGGUCUGGGUUCUAAGCUGGGGCAGCAUGGAGAAGUCCCACCCAACCUUACAGGUGAUUCCCCAGGCCAGUGUUGGAGAGGUGCACCACACCAUCCGCACCCCCUUCCAGAGGGUUGAUGACUUCUUCAUCCCUCCAACCAACCUCAUCAUCACUCACGUCAGGUUUGGCUUCGUCUUCCUCAAAUCUGAACCCGCGGUGCAUAAGAUUGACUUAGAGACCUUCCACCGAGUCAAAACCAUCAGCCUGAAGACCUACAGCUGUGUGCCCGUCAGCAUGGCUUACACACACUUGAGUGGAUUCUACUUCAUCCAGUGCCAGUCUCAGAGCAGGGACCCCUCGUCAGCCCAGCCACAGCUCCUGAUCGACAGUGUCACCGACACCGUCAUUGGGCCCAACCUCAACAUCACGGGCCAGCCCUACGUGUCCCCGAACGGCCGCUACAUCGUUACCCCGGACCAGCAGCGCGGCAAGGUCAGAGUUCAGACAGUGUCCUUCCAGGGGGUGCUGGGUCUGAGCCGGGAAUUGGACACCUCGCUCCUCGUGUCCGACCUGGUCUUCCAGCCUUCCUUCACUGAGUCCAAUCAGUACACGGUGGUAGCUGCCUCUGGCUCAGGCAUGGACCUGGUUUUCUCUGACCUGGCGUCAGGCCACAGCGAGGUCCUCAAGAGCCUCAAGGAGCCCCUGUCACCCCACACCUGGCCCUGGGGGGGGCCCAACAGAGUGGUGGUGUCCAGCGGACUGUUUGGCCAGUACCUGGUCACACCCUCAGCGGAAUCCCUCUUUGUGUUGAACGGCAAACAGAAGACGCCCCACUGCGAGGUGUCAGACAUCAAGAGAGGGAACACAGUGGUGUGGGUGGGAGAGGUAUGAGAAAUAGGGAAGAGAGAGAGAGAGAGAGAGAUAGAGAGAGAAAGAGAGAUCAGGCCAAAACACUUCAGAUAUAUGUGGACAUAAGUGGACUCAACCCUAGGACUGAGUGAGAGGAACACAUGUCUAGGUUAUUGUAACAAAAAUACACAAAAAAUUAUAAUUGAAAAAAAUAUUAAGAAAAUCCUAUUGUGAUAUUUUUACGGGGAGAAGGUGCGUGGGGAGGCCCUUCAGUGCAACAGUGAUCUAUGUGCACUUAACUGAGAGGAGUUAUGCAUUAUAGCACUUCCUUGUAACACUGCAGAUACAUGUAACAGGAGAGGGAUAUAAUGAUGACRUUUUGAAAACAUUAACUAUGCACAAUGCUCACUUUUUUAGAGUAAAGCUUUUUGGUUUCAAGAUGUUUGUCGUUCACCAGUGCUGCAAAUAGUCACAACAAGAUGUCUGUCUGGCUUUAGUGUAUACAUGUGUUUUCAGUCCUUUUCAAAACCACUGCUCUCUGUUAUUUGCCUUUGUCUGUGGAAAUGGUAUUGUACGCUUUCUCUAAAAGYUCUCAUCCUGACCAACACAUAUAGGUUACUUUAAAACACAUGUUGUACCCUAUAAGUCAUAACCUGUUACUUUCAAAAAAGACCACGUUUCCAUCCAUUAGCUAAGAACAGUGGAUAUCUAAUAGCCUACAGUAGAAAACCCAUUAAAACAUGUUAUUGUACAAAGACUAGAUAUGGUACAGUAUACCAGCUCUUCCCCCUCAAUCUCACACAGUAAACCUACUUCCAGUUUUGAUCCGGUGACCUCCUAGUCCUCUGUCUACUAAGUCUAGCAUUGUAAGGAUCUUGUUCAUCAGCAUGGAGGUAUUGUAAGUCCUAUGUAUCCUGUUUCUGCCCUAUAGCUUGGUUCCAUCACGCUCCAUGACUGAAAUCCAACUUCCCCUAAAGAAUAGCUCUUCCUAUUGCAUUAUUACUGGCUAGUGCUGUGUGCAACGAGCUAGUUACAGCAAAACAACACUAUCAAAAAAUACAUAAACCGAGAUAAUCAGAUUUGUUGUUCAUGUUUGUGAUUUAUAUAUUUGCUAAUACUUUACUCAAUCUGACACAGAAGCAGAGGCUUGAUUAUGUUUCCUAGACCACUGUUGCACUGAGAGAAAUGUGUGUAUUUCAGAAAGAGUGAGGCAGAGAUGUGUAAUAUAUAUUCAAAAAGCUCAAUUCGAAGCCCAAAUUAUUUUGCAGAUGUCAUGGAAAAACAACAUUUCAGGAAUUACCAUCAAAAAGCAUCAGGCACCCAGACCGCAGUACCUAUCUUGCCACCAAUACAGAGUAACUUCAGAAUAAUUCAUACGAGUCACCACCAAAGGCUUCAUCAGGACUGAGUGUUCCAUAUGCAUGUACUGAGAGUUGAGGCUCAUCACACUAAUGUUAUUUCAGAGCAAUCAAAGGUGCAUUGUCGACAAGGUAAUUUCCUCUUGAAUGACAUCUGCAGCAUUUACCAUAAAUGUGACCUCCGCGAUCAUCAGGAAAAUGUACUUUAAAAGGUUCAUUGUCACUGGUACAAUGUGCUUGUCGUCAACGCGCCUCUGAUUGAAUCCCGGCCUUCGAGUGCACAGGAUCACAUACUGUACAUUGCAUACAUUUUCUCUAACCAAGACCCUGGCUGUAGACCGAACCUCUUGGUGUGAUGUUGACAUUAGAGACACUGUUGUAGAUAUACAUUGUUCUUAGUUAGAUUAGAACACAUUCAAACAUGAACUGUAGAGUUUUCUUUAUGCAUUUCCUGUAUUCUGGUUUUUGAGGGAAAUGGUUUGUAAAAAAAAAUCUAAUAAAAUGACCAAAAAAAGCUUGCAGCUGUGUCACACUAUAAAUUACUUUGAACAUAAAAUAUAUAAAUAUUCAGGGACAAAUUUCCACCAAACACAUACAUCUGUUGCUAAGGUGAGGCCUAACUAUGGUACAAAACCCCAAACUGUUCAUUUUCCUGUGUAUGUAUUUGAAUGUUACAUGAAAUUGUUUGUUUGUUGAUGUUUGGGCUCUGGAUUUGGCUCUUUUUGCGGAGCAGUUUCACAUUUCAAAUGGUAUCCUGACACCUGGACAGCACGGCUCUGAAAAUUGUACAAUAUUCUUCUUCGAUCCAAAGCCCAAUUGAGACAGUGUAGCUUUCUGUCUGAAACCAGGCAAGAGUCAUUUCUAACUGUGGAGUGCCAUUUGUAGUGCUCAGAAGAGUGGCACAGACCAGUCAAUGAUAAACAUCGUUUUUUCUGUUGAGUCAGGAUGUGGUGAGUGGUAAUAGGUUUUGAGUUGCCCCCCCACCCCUCAAAAUAAUAGCUCAAGACCCUGUUGAGAUUUGAGACAUUGACUAAACACUAAGAAUAUAUCAGCACUGUGGUGAUAGUUGGCUGAAACAUGCAUCUUUGUUACCAUCCCUAAGACCUGGCUAAUCAAAAACAAGCUGUACCUGCUUCUACAUCUCAUAUUGUAAACAGAGCUGCACAGUCCUUUAAGAACUCAAACAGAGCUGCACGUCCUUUAAGAACUCAAACAGAGCUGCACAGUCUUUAAGAA